AUGGAAAUUAAUAGGUUAAUUCCAAUGACAUACUAUGAUUUCCUCCGUCAGCCGUUCGGCUUAUUCUCUCCAAGGUAUGCCGUCACAAUAUUGCUUAGAUGCAGACAAUGCCAAUAUCACGUUCAAUUGUUUUCACCAAGAAAAGAGAUCAAGCCAGGUUGCGUGGAGUGGAGAUCAAAGUGUUUCCAUUUUUAUAAAUUUAUCUUAAACUAUUUCGGGUUAGAGGAGAAGGUUGCUAUAAGCACAGGGGUAGCAAGUGGCAUUGUAGAAGCCAGUACAAAGCUUUUUGCAGAACAUGGUGCGUUCAUUGUUAUCGCAGACACUCUUGAUGACUUGGGCAACCAAGUUGUCGCCACAAUUGGCCCUAAUAAAGCUAGUUAUCGGCAUUGUGAUGUUAGAGAUGAAAAGCAAGUUGAGGAAACAAUGGCCUAUGCGAUUGAGAAAUAUGGCAGCCUUGACAUCAUUUACAACAAUGCUGGAGUCCUUGGACGUCCUAUGGAUAGCAUCCUGGACAUGAACAUUGAAGACUUGGACAACACAAUGGCUGUAAAUUUGCGCGCUUCAGCACAAAUCAUCAAGCACGGUGCUCGAGCAAUGAUGGCUAGAAAUAUAGCUGGUUCAAUCAUAUGCAGUGGCAGUGUUGCAUCAUCUAAAGGAGGUAGUGGACCUCCUGCAUACACCAUAUCUAAACAUGGUUUGUUAGGUCUUGUUCGAUCAGCCUCGAGUGAGCUUGGGAGAUAAGGGAUCAGAUUCAAUUGCAUUUCUCCAUUUGGAGUUGCCAAAUCCUUGGCAUUAAACGUGCACAAUUUGGACCCUA